AUGGCGCUGUGGCGGAAUGUUCGCUUUGGCGUGUCGGCCUACCUACGAAAUCGUACGAUUAAACUCUCUCCACGCCAGCGUGACUACGCAUGGAGAGACAUGGCGAACCAAGACAGCCUCCACCUGACUUACCGUGAAGCCAGGCACAGUGACUACGACGCCGUCAUGAACAUAGCGUCAGUAGACACAUUCCGGGACGGGUUCGACUACCUGCCCGCCAAGUUUCACCAAUGGGUGGACGACCCGGAAGCCAUAAUGUUAGUAGCCGAAGCCGAGGACAAAGUGCUUGGCGUGAAUGUGUGCAUUAUAACUGACGGUGGUGCAAGUCUAUUGAGCAAAACCAGCCGGAUAGCCUCAGAACUGCGGGGGAAGAAAUUCUACGCGAAAGUUAUGGAAGAAUUUGAUAAAACGCUGAUGAUUCUAAAUCCGGGGCUGCUGCAACUAGAGCGACAUGGAACGGCGAAUGUUGACCGCCCCUACCUUUUGAAAUACUUUUCGAACAGGAAGGAUAUUUGUUUGUUAGAUGUCAUGUACUUCCAAGGCACGUCUAACGAAGUCCUGGAUAGUUUGGAAACCAAGGAUGUUCUUCCAUCUUCUCCACACCCACCAGUAGUGCCCUACCAACCUUCCGACAUGGCGCGGCUGGCAAGGCCAGAGUUUUCACAGCAAAUUCUGGUGGACAAUUUUGUAUUUGUAGAUUGGGACAAGUAUCAGCUCAGUGCCUCUAACUUACAUUUGUUCUCAAAGCGGGGUGUCAUCAUUGUCGUGGACACUAUUGAGCCAACAGCUAAGAGUUUGAGUUUUGGUGGCAGUUACAUGACACCAAGGGGAAGAGUGUACCACGUAGAUGUACACUGUAGAGAUGUAGCUCUGUGUCAGGCUCAUAUCAAACACCAUGUAGGCAGAGCUUGUCAUGAGUACGAAGGGAUGAUCACGUUCUGUGUAAUGUUGAUUGACCCGUGCCUGAAAACCACAAGCAAAACCUUUUGUGUGGAGAGUUUGAAGUUGGUUCACCUUCCCCGCGAUCACAGGUAUGUGUGUUUUAGCUUUAUGGAGCGAGUUCGUUCGGAGCCUGGCAAGCCACGCCUUUGAAAUACAACAAGACCUUCAUACAUAGCAAUUUCAACUUUUGCCAACAGAUAAACUGUCGACUUAGUCACUUAAGGUUACCCAAGUGA